AUGCGGGUGCUCGCUGUUGUUGUUGUUGUUGUUGUGAGCGCGCUGGUGGGUUGCUGUGUCAAGCCGGGUGCUGCUGUGGAAGCAGUGGAAUGUGCAGAAACGGAGCACUUCGAUCAGAUCCUGUUUGCCUGCGUGAGCUGUCCUUCCUUUGCAUCCCAGGCUGCAGACGGCAUCUCGUGUGAGUGUGACGCAGGCUAUGCGGCCAGCUAUGAUCCAGAGUCAACCGAACUCUCGUGCAGCCCUUGUGCUGCCGACGAGGUGGUGUCGCUGGAUGGCACAGCUUGCCUCACCUGUGUUGGGAACGGCACCUUCAUUGAGGAUGGACAAUGCUUGUGCCAAGAUCCACUCGCAGUUCCAGUUGAGCGCGAUGACUCGGGUGCGUUCCUGCCGCGCGUACGAUGCGAGCAAUGCACCAGUGACCGCGCCCCGCAAACGUCAGUGACGGUGGCAGCAGACACCACGCCCGGCCUGCUGUUUCCCGCCAACACCGUCGUCAUCCCAGCGCAGUGCAGUAUGUGCUCUGACCCGAGCAUGCGCGCUGUGGCCGACGACAGCUGCCAGUGCCCGAGCGGGGAGACAAACAUUGCCGGGGCCUGCUGGCCUACGGGUGUGCUUGCCUCCUAUCAGCUGCGCGUCUCCGACAUUGACGUGUUGUUCCCCGACUCGCAGCAAGUGGUGGAGUCUGCGUUCUUCUCUGCACAUCUGCGGAACAACUGGGUGCUGUGCCGCCAGUCUGGGUUUGCAAACACAACAGCAUGCCAGGUGGUGGCGAACCUGUGCGUGAUGCAGAUGUAUGAGCGGGAGGACGGCGCCUGCAACGUCUAUCUGGACCUCCUUGCAGACACAUCCGAUCAGCGGCUGCGGUUUCAGAUGGUGGUGACAGAUGCAUACGGCAACGCCAGCCCGCUCACGGACCUCGGCACAACCUUCCAGCUGUGUGAUGAUCAGUCCCUUGCGUGGCAGUACCUUGGGACCAGCACAACGCCCUCAAAGUGCCGCUUCACUCUCUCCCAACUCCGCAACCGCCUGCCUGCACCUCAAUCCUCAGACAACACUCUGUUCUUUGAGGUGUAUGUGCGCACAUCCAACGGCACCGUUGAGCCCGUGCCCGUCUUCAUCCGCAGCGCAAGUGGCCGCGAGCUUGCAGGCAAUCUCCAUGAUCCCUUUGCAGACACGGCGCAAUACGUGCGCCGGUUCUUCGUGCUGGACGAAGUGUCCGGUCGCUCCGUGGGUGGCGCCCCACCCAUCGUGCGCUUUGCACGCGAGAUUGCAGUCGUGGUGACAGCGCCCGAGGGCAAACCGACCGUGCGCCUGCCCAUCAUCAUCAUCACGUACAGCGAUGUGGCGGCAGAGGAGUUUGAGGCGACGCCGCAGCCGUUCCUCUUCCGUGUCCGCUACAAGAUCUCAUCGGGGCAGUACAACCAAGCGCUGCUUGGGCUGACGAUUGCGUUUGUUGCCAUUUCUUUCGUCCUUGCUGGCAUGCGCGCAUCGACAUAUACGCGCAGGAAUCUCGUCACCGUCAUCAACGGCGCCGUCCUGCAAGUCUUCUUUGGCGGGUACCUGCGGGCGAUGGCGACACUGCUGUUUUGGACGAGCAUUGGCUGCUGUAUGUACUGGCUCAUCUUCUUCCAGGGCCAGCAGCAGUUCCGCACCCUCCUCCCCAUCAAUCCCGAUGACGAUUGGCUCCCAGGCCUCCUCAUCACCGGUUGUCUGUUGAAGCUUGUGGAGGGCUGGCUGGUGCUGCGUCGACUGGGCAGCUUGGAUGUGUUCCUGGUCGAUUGGGAGACGCCAUCCCGCGCCCUUCCCUCAAACGACGAAGAGCAGCAGAAUGCAGCCGCAACAACCAUCUGGCGACGGUCGCUCAUUGCCAACGAGUGGAAUGAACUGACGCAGCUGCGCAAGCUGAAGCCAACCAUCACGCUGCUGUUUGUCAUUGUGGUGCUGCAUGGGUUUGGGCUAGCCCAGUACGACGAACAGGACCCAGGCACCGCUCCUCAAUUCGAGGGCACCUCCCACUAUGCGCUGCGCACAGCGCUCAUCUUCAGUGCGUUCCUCCUCGCCGGCCUUGCCCAGCUCCUCUUCUUCGGCCUCUUCUACGACCGCUUCGUCUACAACCCGCUGCUGUCGUUCAUUGACCUGUGCUCACUGGCCAAUGUGAGCGUGCUCAUCUUUGACUCGGCCAUCCACGGAUUCUACAUCCACGGCCACACCCCGCACGGCUUCGCUGACGUCGACAUGUACACCAUGCUCGUCAACCUCAAGAAGGAAGCGGAGGAUGUGGUUGCCCGACGCGGGCUGGAGGGCGAGACCGAUCUGCAGACAUUUGAGAUCUUCGUGCCGCAGAAACUCAGACACGAGUGGGACGUCAUGCUUGACAGGAUCAGCGAUAACACGGAAGUGCUUCGCCGCACGACGCUGCAGCCGGGAGAUGUGGAGCGCAUGCGACAGCUUGCCCAGGCGAACGCCGCCCUCAACCAGCUCUUCAUGGGAUUUCUUGACCACUCUUUUCGCGACAUCGACUACAUCGUCAAGACGCGACCCUUUUUUGACCGCUUUCUUGACACGACGCCCGAGAUCAAGCGUGGCCUUUUCUUCAAGGACGAAUCCCUCGCCCUCGCCAAGAUGCUCCUUCUUGGAAACGAGGUGCGGUUUCUCGUUGUGGAGUGCGCUGUCUUCAUCUUCUGGGACCUGAUCGUCAAGAACUAUGUGAUUGCUGCGCUGCUGGCGUGGCUGGUGCUGCAGGUGCUGUAUGCAUGGUUCGGGGUGACAAGCACCCAGAACAUGGCUGUCAAGACUCUCACGGACGGCCGCUUCCUGAUCUAACUCGCCACGCUGCGCCUGCUGCCUGGCACACUUGUCGUUACUGUACAUAAAACGCAUGAGGUUCAACAAGGAGACACUGGCA